UGUAUGUCUGUCUGUGACAGUGUGAACCACACCGCAUUCGGACACGCACGUGUGUGGCGCGAACAACAGUUUCGAACGAAAUAUUUCAAAACUGUUUUAUCAUUUUUAAUAAAAAAAAGAAACUAUAAUUUCCUAGUGCAUUCAAGUGGUGAGGUGUUAUCGUUAAAUUGUGAAUUUUAUUCAAGUUCGUCAAGAAAAGUAAAUACCACCUAUAUUUUCAGCGUCAAAAUGGGCGACAAAGAUGAUGCUGCAAGGCGAAAAGAAAAAAAUAUUUCGAUUAUUUCAAAAUCAACGGAUGCGGAAAGAAGAUUAAGCGCCUCUAGCACAGGAAGUGUCAAAUUAAAAAGAGAACUAGGGCUGUUCUCUGCUGUGAACUUAAUUCUCGGAGUGAUGAUUGGCUCAGGAAUAUUUGUGUCACCAUCAUCAGCUUUAGAAUACUCAGGAUCAGUCGCAUUAUGCUUGAUAAUAUGGACAAUAUCUGGAAUUAUAUCUUUAUUAGGAGCGCUAUCAUUUGCAGAAUUGGGUACAGUAGUCGGAAAAUCAGGAGCAGAAUAUACUUAUUUUCAAGAAGCGUUUGGCAAAAUGCAUAAAUAUUGGGGGCCAAUGCCUUCAUUCCUGUGUGCCUGGAUUUAUGUCAUGAUUCUAAGGCCAGCGGAAGUGUCCGUCAUUGUUAUGACAUUCGCUGAAUAUGCAAUGCGCCCUUUCACAGCAGAUUUAGAUCCAGAUAGUAAUACCAAAGUCAUAAAACUGGCAUCUUUAUCAGCGUUGUUUGUAAUGACGUACAUCAACAUAACUAGUGUGAAGCUGUUUGUGAAGGUUCAGAAUGUGUUUGGUAUUUGCAAAGUGGCGGCCUGUCUCAUUGUAAUUGGAGGAGGGAUAUACGAGAUUUGUAAAGGGAACACGGCGCACUUGCAGAAGGGGUUCGAGGGCAGCACGACGAGCGCGGGGGGCAUAGCCCUAGCGCUGUACUCCGGACUGUGGGCCUACGACGGGUGGAACAGCGUUACCGUUGUCACUGAGGAGAUUAUCAACCCUGGCGUGAACGUCCCCCUGAGCAUAUCAAUCGCAGUGCCGGUGAUAACAGCUCUGUACGUGUUCAUGAAUGUGGCGUACAUGACAGUGUUGUCAUAUGCGGACAUGACGUCAGUGCCGGCGGUGGCUGUGGAGUUCGGCCGCCGGGUGCUCGGCCCCGCCAGCUUCUUGAUACCGCUAGGCGUGGCAGUCUCCACCUUCGGGUGCGCUAUGAGCGUGCAGUUCGGUGUUACCAGAGUGUGCUACUCGGCCGCGCAGGGUGGCCAUAUGUUGGAGUUGUUUUCGUACGUCAACAUCAAACGAAUGACGCCGGCACCCGCCGUCGCUUUCCAGGCCUUCCUGACAGCGAUAUUCAUAUCAGUGGGCAACAUUAAGACUCUAAUCGAAUUCGCGAGUUGGUUCCUGUGGUUCUUUUACGGGUUGGCGAUGGUUGCGCUGCUGGUUCUUCGUAAAACCCAGCCGGACAAACACAGGCCUUACCGGGUGCCGACAGUUGUACCGUGUUUUGUCUUACUAGUGGCUAUAUUCCUGUCAAUCCUGCCGAUAGUCCACGACCCCUCGCUGAAGUACCUCAUGGCAGUGGGGUUUAUAGUCAUGGGUGUUGCUGUCUACACCGUCUUCGUUUAUUACAAGAAAACUCCUACUAGGUUAUUGAAAAAGAUAUCAUUCCUCACACAAGUGAUGUUUGAGAGCGUGCCGCCAAGCUCGAGACAAGACUGAGCAUCAAUUUAGAUAUAAGAUUAGGUACUUUUAUUUGUAAAUCUAUAUUAUAUAAUAAAACAUAUCAAAGAAUGCUUGUGUUUUAAAUAAU